AUGUCAAGCUCGGAAUCGGAUGCGAGUGAUUUUGAGGACAUCAAAGUGUUUUUUCCCUCGGAAGAGUGGAAGGAUCUGUGCAGCUACGAGAAGAAAAGUUACCGCAAUGCGAAGGACAACUAUCACAACAUGCAGCGCUGCGGCCUGGCCCCCAAACCUCCCGGGUUCAUGACACGGACACUCCCCCAGAAGCGUCAGCAGAAAAGUCAGCAGCCACAGGUCAAGAAGAAAGCGGCGAAGAAACGCAAAGGCGAAGAAGAGAAUUAUAGUGACGAUGAGAAGGACUUGGACUGGUCUCCGACCAAAGAAAAUUCCAAGGAGCGCCCCAAACCUGCGCAGCAGAAAAGUGCCACAAUUGCCCCGGCUCCGCCCCUACCGAGGGCCGCCGGCAAGGAGAACGUUGACCCGGUGGCCAGCACCAGCAGCACCCCGAAGGCCAGGACGAGGAACAAGCGCUGCGGCCCCCGCGCGUCCACCGGAGCGCCUCCCGCACCCCCAGGUCCACCCUCGGCCGGCGCACCCGGGGCGCCGCGGCCGACGCGCUACCCCAAGCGGGCCGGCAGCCGCAGGUCCUACGCGGAGCCCGAGCUGCAGGACGACGACGACUUUCUCUUCUGCGACGACUGCCAGAAGGAGUGGGAAGGCGACUGCCCGGUACACGGAGCCCUGGAGGUCAUCGCGGACACUGAGGUCCCCGUCGGCCACCCCGAGCGAGCUCUGCUCACGGUGCCGCCCCAGCUCGCCAUCGAGGUCAGCAAGAUCCCGGGAGCCGGGCGCGGUGUGUGGACCCGGCAGGCGGUGCCCAGGAGGGUGCGCUUCGGGCCGUACGAGGGCGACAACGCGCCCACCAACAAGGAGACGGGCUACGGCUGGGAGAUUCGUCGCGAAGGGAAGGCCACCCACUGCGUCGACGCGCUGGACAUGACCAAGUCCAACUGGAUGAGGUUCGUCAACUGCGCGCGCCACUCGGGGGAGGAGAACCUCUACCCGUACCAGUACAAGGGCCGCCUGUACUACCGGGUGGUGCGGGACAUCCCGCCCAACACGGAGCUGCUGGUCUGGUACGGGGACUCGUACGGCAAGGAGCUCGGCCUCGACCCGAAGGUCUACAAGGACCCCACGCAGGACACGCGGGCCCUCA